AAUGCAGCAAGCAUGUUUUGCUAAAAGGGAAGUGAUCCUCCAAGAUUAAUUAAAUGGGAUAAUAUGUAAUUUAGUUAUUCUUUUUGUCAAGAUUGAACUUUUGAAGGAAUUUGCGUAAUGCUACUAAAUUUAUUGAGAGAUCUUUUUUGUUUUUAUGAAGGAAAUUGGCUUGAGUGAUAGUUACACGCCCAUGCGAAGAAUGAUGCAUACCCGUUACAUAUACCAAACAAUUACUUCUAUCUAGAUUCCCAACUCUUAGCCAAAAAUAUAUAGGGCAAGAAUUCCUCCUCAACAAAACAUCUCAUCAAAUAUUCCUGAAUGUUCCAUAAAUAUUACAGAAGGGGUUAAUGGCUGAGGUGCGAAACCGAAAUGGUUGGCAUAAAAGCAUAAAAAUGAACUACUGCUGCAUCCCUAACAGAACAGUAGACUUAGAGUUUGACUUGUUUCUCCCAUACUCUUUUAAGUCUUAACCGAGGACCCGUAACAAACUCUAUUGUUUUAUUUUAAAUUUUCAAAGUUCUUGCAGAAUCCAACUAGGAAUCUUCCCAAUCAAAUUUGUAAAGAUUAUAGAAACCAUCAGAGAAAAUCUUUCAUUCGAAGAUGGGCUUUUGGUCUUCUUCUCUUCUGGGGAUUCCACUCGCUGUUGCUCUCAUUUCUUUUCUGUUCUUCAGGAUUCUUAAUCACCCUUUCAGCUUCAGCUCCUUGUACUCUGCCACACAAGCUCAGAGACUUUUCAGUGCAGAGGAGCUGUCUGUUUACAAUGGUACUGAUCCUGAGCUGCCCAUAUUUCUUGGAAUUCUUGGUUCAGUGUUUGAUGUAACUAGAGGAAAGAGUCACUAUGGUGCUGGAGGGGGCUACAACCACUUUGCUGGGAGGGAUGCUUCUCGGGCAUUUGUUUCUGGAAAUUUUACAGGAGAUGGGCUCACGGACUCCUUGCUUGGUCUAUCCAGUACUGAGGUGAAAAGCAUUGUUGAAUGGAGAGAUUUCUACACGAGAACUUAUAUAUACACUGGUAAGUUGGUCGGUCGCUACUAUGAUAAGGAGGGCAACCCAACUAAGUACUUAAAAGGGGUUGAGGCAAAGGCUGCUAGAGGAGCUCAGCUCCUGGAGAAACAGAAAAUUGAAGAAGCUAAAGUACCAGGAUGCAAUUCGCGGUGGAGUCAAGAUGAAGGCUCAGAGGUUUGGUGUGAUGAUGGCUUUCCCCGGCUAGUAAAGCGGCCAAUAGAAAUAGCUUUGACUGGGAAAAUGAGCAAACGAUGUGCGUGUUACAAAGAAGAUGAACUUAAACUGGAAGGAUUAGAAGUUUAUGAAGGGUGUGAUUAUUAUGCAAAGAAAUGUAGAUUGAAACCCUAAAUCUGAAACAGUUUGUACAUACAUAGUUAUGCAGCACCCGUAGAGGAUGAUUUCCUCUACCACACUCACACCUGGAACCAUUUGAUGCGAGAGUUUAUUUGUAUGUGUCUUGUAAUCCACAUUUAUUUCCUUGACCGAAUCAUGAUUUUAGGAGAUGGAUGGUGAAUUACGUGGCUUGUUCAGAUGCUGAGAAAUGGAGUUUUGAAAUGUUUUUGAAUGAUGGGAUGUUGGUUUGGUCACUUGGACUUUGGUACUUUCUUGAAGAGGUUGAUGAAUGUUAGAGCCUCUCUCCUCCAUAUUCUCCUAGCACAACAUGAUGUUAACACCGAAAAAUGCUAAAAUGUUGAACUAAUUCUAUCAAUAAAAAUUGACAGCUUACACCAAAAAAAAGAAAAAAAAAUGUAAAAUUAUUAGUAUAAGUAUAUACAACAGAGUAAGUACUGUACUACUUCUUGCAAUCCUUAUUAUGAGG